UUCACUUCCGAGUACAUUUUAUGAAUGACUCCAACUUCCCUCUGUGUAGCUUACUGACUUACUCGAAGAAACUGCAUCUCAGUACACUUGGUUUACCUGAGGCUACUACCACCAUCAAGUUAGUGCAAAUGGACUAUACUGCAACUCAGAGUGGCUUCAGACAGCGUAAGUUACAGCCUAAUAUGCGUCAAAGGAAUAGCUCCAUGGAUGGUUCAGAAGGCAGCCAGCUGUUCGAGGACACAAGCAGAGCUGCACCGGGAACACAAGCGGGGUACAGCAGUAACCAGCAGGCUGGACCUCAAGCAGCUGGAUUUCCUGGCCAGUCCAUCCUGUCAGACCCCAUGUCUAACCUGGCCAUGGCGUACGGCAGCUCGCUGGCUUCCCAGGGGAGGGAAAUGGUGGACAAGAAUCUGGACAGAUUCCUCCCAAUUUCUAAGCUCAAAUACUACUUUGCUGUGGAUACAGUGUAUGUGGGGAAGAAGCUAGGCCUUUUAGUUUUCCCUUACAUGCAUGAGAACUGGGAGGUCAGCUAUCAGCAGGACACUCCUGUGGCUCCACGCUUCGAUGUGAACGCUCCGGAUCUCUACAUCCCCUCCAUGAGCUUCAUCACAUACGUCCUGGUGGCUGGACUGGCCCUCGGCACACAGAACAAGUUUUCCCCGGAGCUGCUGGGAGUUCAGGCCAGUUCAGCUUUGGUGUGGCUGAUCAUGGAAGUCCUGGCCGUCCUGCUGUCGCUCUACCUUGUGACCGUUAACACAGACCUCACCACCAUAGACCUGCUCGCCUUCUCUGGCUACAAAUAUGUAGGGAUGAUCAUAGGCGUGGUUGCAGGCCUGAUGUUUGGGAGGCCAGCAUAUUAUCUCUCUCUACUCUGGUGUUGUGCUGCAAUUUUUGUCUUUAUGAUCCGCACUCUGCGUCUGAAGCUGCUAUCCGAGGCGGCGGCAGAAGGACGGCUGGUGAGAGGAACCAGAAACCAACUGAGGAUGUACCUCACCAUGUCUAUAGCUGCAGCACAGCCCAUCUUCAUGUACUGGCUCACCUACCACCUCGUCAGAUAAAACCUGGAGCAAACUCUUAGUCUUGUCUGAGAUGAACUCGGCUGUGUGAACGCCAUCUCACCCACUAAAAAAAAAAAACAACACACUCACAUAUCUAAAGAAGCAGAACUGGGAUGACAGUGGCCGCAGUUAUCUGGAUGAUAUUCCGUUUUUUACCAGACAGAAAGGACUUACUCGGUGUAUGAAUGGAGCAACAUCUCACAUGCUUAAAGACGAUUAAGAGAAGCAAGUGGCAGCGCUGCCGCCGCUCUCACAGCACAGCCGCGUGUCGUUAGUAUUGCCUUUAUGUUUUUUUGUCAUUUAUUUUAUGUGACGUCUUUAAAAGUUUGUAGCAACAUCAAGUGGCUUUAAUUUUGUUUUUUUUCUACACUGUAAUUAUUUGUUAAUGAUGUUUUAUAGGAAUAUUUAAGUAUGUAUGUUUGUGUAAAGCUAUUAAGUAUUAUUACAGAUGUCGCUCUUGUCUGAUAUCACAUGAGCGAUUUGAGCCGACCGGAAGAAAGCACACUAGCCUCACACAAACCGUCCAUUUCACCAGAAGGAGAAGAAGUGAAUUAUUUUCAGGUUUCAAAAUGAUCGGACCUGAAAAACCAAGGUCUGUAAAACAGGUGUGUGUAGUUCCACCUCAGUUUUAUCUCUCUCACUUUUUUCUAUGUGCUUUGGAACAUGUUCGAAGUUCUGCUGCCUGACAGCUCUUGAAUAGAAACCGAGAUGUACAGCUCACUCUGACAAGUUGACUUUGAUAUCUUUUUAAAGAACGAGUAAAUUAUUUACUGCUUUUCAUAAUUAAACUUAGAAGGAAUAAAAAGAAAGAUGAAAUGCUCUGUUCUGUGGACGUUUUAAGUCUGUAUGGCAUUCUUAAGGUGUUGGAAUGCUUUUUGUGCUUUAACGAGUCACCUGACGUCGCGAUGAAUCAAGCGACUCUGCUCUUUGUAAAUGUAGUCAUUGUAAACAAAUACCAGGGUAAUAUUCAUUUAAGUCAGGAAAAUUUUAAAUUAAGGAGCUUUUAAUUUUGCUCAGAUGUUAAGAAUGAGUAAGUAAUGAAAUGUUGAGUUCAUUGAGGUGACAAUAAAAACUUCUCUGGGUGUUGUGACAAAGUGCUCAUUUGAAAGGGAAUCCUGGAGUUACAGCGUUUCUCUUCACUUUGACGGGCGGUGACUGUUGCAGUAUGCAGAAAGCACACAACAUUUGGAAUUAAGCCAUUGACAUGAUCGAUGAUGUAGAAAUCAAAUAAAGCUAACUGAUUGUGAAUUGUU